UUUCAUUCAUUUACCACUACUCCACCCUUACUACCUUACUAUACGCUACCACUAAACUACGUCAGCUCUCACUUCUAGUUCGCGAUCUCAGCGUAAAACACACGUGGUACUUUAAAUAUUUGUGAGGUUAACUACAACGCCGCUCUUAUUUUCUAAGGAUAAAAAUGGGUCCCGUAAACAAACAAAAAAAACGUACGGUAAGCGAAACCGUCGCAAAUCCUAAACCAGUUCAGGGAGGUCCUCUGAUUAAGAAGCAAAAAUUAGAAAACAAGAAGUUGGAAAAAGAGGCAGUGAUUAAGGCUACAAACGGCAAUGCCAAAAAAAUUCAAGUGCAAACUACAGCAGCAGAAACUAAAAUUCCAACUGCAAGGCAGAGAAAGAAGCAAGCUAGUAUCAAUCGUAAACUAGCUGCACGAGGAAAAAAUCAGGCAGAAGGACAAGUACCGAAGCCUUUGAAAAAAGAAGAAGAGGAUGAGAAAACUGCCAAGAAGGCUGAUGGGACUUCAGCAAGUGCCGAAAAAGCUGCUGAACCUACAGGAAAAUUAGAUAAAAAACUCAACGCAAAACUGGAUAAAAAAGCUGAGAAAAACAGACUCCGCAAGGAAAAACGGCUUCAAAAUGGCCAGUACAAAACGGAUCAGAUCCAGAUGACAGCAGAAAAAAUCAAGGAAAGGAUAGAGGAAAUUAAGGGACGUGGGGAGUUAACAAAAACUGCCCGUAGGAGACUUGCAGUUUUGAAAAAGAAGUUGGAAAUAGAGGAAGGUACUGCAAUGCCAAAAAAUGAAGCGGCUAAAGGUCCAGUAGGAAACAAUCAAGGAAAAGGGUUGUCUCAGUCAGAAAAACGGAGGGCAAGGCGUGGGAAACAAGGAGAAAAAGGUGAUGCUCAAGAAGUUGCAAAUGAAAAAAGCGACCCCGAUGCAGUGAAGCCAGUUGACAUUCAAACAUUCAUGAAGAAGAAGAACGUUGUUGUCAAUAAAGUACAGAAUAAAACCGUUUCUACAAAAGGACCGGUGGGUAAGCCAGUCAUUAAAAAAAUUGUGGAAAUCAAAACGGCAGAACCAGACACAGAUGAAGAUGACGAAGAGGAUGAAGAUGAGGAUGAUGUAGAAGCAGCAGUAAGUGGAGAGGAAGAAGCAGAAAGCAGUGUAGAGGAGGAAGAAGAAGAAGAGAAUGAUGAGGAGGAAGAAGAAGAGAAUGAUGAGGAGGAAGAACAGGAGACUGAUGAGGAGGAAGCAGAAGAAGAUGAUGAGGAAGAAGAAGAGGAGAAUGAUGAAGAGGAAAAAGAAGAUGAAGACGAUUCUGAUGCAGAAGAGACCAUAGAGGAAUCUCCUGAGCCAAAAGUACCAAUUGCACUUGCUAAAGGACCAAAAGGGCAGCAAAAAGCAAAGGUCGAGAAAUCAAAAAAACAAUCAGAAACACAACAAGAAAACACGGAUAAGAAGAAGAGAUACAUUUUAUUUGUCGGAAAUUUACCUUUCGAUGCGGGAACGGACGAAAUAAGAGAUCAUUUUCAAGCGAAAGUUGGCAAAGUUUCGAGCGUGAGAAUCCCUAGACAUCCCGGAUCUCAAACGAAACGAGGAUUUGCCUACGUGGAAUUUACAAAUAAGGAAGACUAUGAGAAAGGACUGUCUCUGCACAAUACACUCUUGCAGGGUAGGUUGCUGAACGUGGAAUACACACUUAGUGGUUCUAAGCAGGUGUCAAAUCGCAAGGAGUUGAUAUCCAAAAAUCAGAAGCUUCACGCUAUGAGAAAAGCGGGAAAAUUAGCGGGUAGCCAAAAACAUGACCAAAAGCGUAGCGUUCGCAGAUUCAAAAAAAAGGAACAAGAACGUGGUGCGAAGUGAUUUCCAGAAGAAGAUUACAUGAAUAAAGGACGAGACGUUUGCUUCGUCGUUACUUAUCUUAGAAAUACGACUCUCGACUGACAAUUGAUGGAUAAGAUUACGGAAUUCUUAGAUUCGUCGAACUUUUUAGUAAGACCAAUCGGAUUUUCUUGCUCUAUAAAACUGAUCGACUUAUCUCUGACUUUUCGUGGAUAUCAAAUGGAGUGCAAUUUUAAUAUUGGACUACGAGUGUGGUUGUCAUAUUGUUAUUGGUUUGUACAGCAUUUCACAGAUAGUUACAAUAAAAAAAUGUAAGCGCAAUAAAGUAUCGUUACCCUAU